ACCACAGAUCAAAUCACUCAUAUUGUUUAAUCCGUAACCCGGAAGUUUUGAAAAAUGGGUGUACCUUUCCAAUAUUUAAGUCCACCCACUUAAAACUAGAUAGUGGUUUGUAACAUGCCCAGAAGCGUAAUAGAUGCAUUUUUUACAUGCAGUUUGUGUAUAGUUUGGAUUAUUUGGAACUUGUUGUUGUUGAGUUAUAUAAGGUUCAGUUAAAAUGAAGAGAAGCAUGUAUAUUGACCGAUUGCUCGUGUGUUUAAUACGCGUGUUAUUAUGUAUAAUACAAGUUGUAAACAUUUGCAGCACCUCGGAAGUUAUCAUGACGUCAACUGUGUUCAUCGAUACAGUAAAUGUUCCUACAAUGAAAGAAAAUACAUGCACCUGCACAGUGUCACCAGCCUCUUCAAACGUUCUUGUUUUAUUGACAUACCGGAUAGCUCCGUUAAGACAUGAAAAGUUUAACAUGCAGUUCAAAUUAAACGACAUUGUGUUAAACAAAAUUAAACUAAGAGGGAACACAACACUUACUGAAACAACUGAAUUAGCCUUUAACACUUCAGCUGAAUUUAGCACCGAAGGAGCUUGUUUGAUACUAGAUACAGCUGAUGUAACAAAAUUCAAUAUAUCAUGCGAGAGCUCAAUUUCUACCUUGACAAAAUGGUCCGUACAUUCUACAUUAGCAACAAUGACAACUGUUGAUGGCGACACAAAUACCACAACAGACAACGGCAAUGAUGUGGACAUCAGCAGUAUUGGUCCAGCUAUUGGCGGAGCUGUGGGUGGUGUUGUCGGCUUGGUACUUCUAAUUGCGGUUAUCAUUUGCUGCAGGAGAAAAUCCCGUACAAAGAAACACAAACAUGCAGCGGAAACUUCACAGAACGGCAACAAUGAGGCUCCGGGAAACGAAGAAGAUGACUAUUACAUGACAGAAAAUCCUAUGUAUAAUUUAACCGAUAUUCCACAGUAUUCGAGGAUAAAUCAAAAUGAAGAUGACUUGAAAGGUACUGAAGAAAAUGACGAUCGACUGUUACCUAAUGAAUACGAAAUUCUACCAGACCCGCCAAAUGAUCCUGACUUUCCUCUAACACAAACAUGUCCAGAUCAAGAAACUAAAUAAACUAGAUAAUCCACAGUUACCUCAAACAACCGAAAAUUUAUAUCAUGAAAAAGAAAAAUGACGACGUUGUAGAUCUAAUUUCCAUCUAGCCAAUAAGAAAGUAUUACCAGGCUCAGCACAUAAGAAAAUCUACAGGGCUUAUCACAAGAGAAUCGCAUUUUUUUCAACGCAUCAACAGUGAAUGGAACUUAGAUACUCGGUCGUAAGGAAAUAUGGAUAUGAACCAUUACAUGAAAACAACAAUUAUAUGUAAUGAAGGUCAACUAUCGGCCUAUGGUUUGCCUGUUUGUUUUGUCCACAUAUUUAAAAACACUUAUAUAAAAAACCUGAUGUUUAUGUUUCUUGUAAGCAAAGUUAAAAAUUAAAAUAGUUGUUUCUAACAUAUUAUAUUUGAAGCUGAAUUAUAAGAUGAACCUUGAUUUAUUGUAAUGUAUCAAAACUAGAAAGAUAUACUAAACACUUGGCUGUAUCACUUAAAUAUAUGCGUUAUCAUAUUCGGCCAUACUGAUUCAAGAGUGCAGUGUGUGAUAACAGAUGAAAUGUAAAACCUUACUAAAUAUACAAUAUUGCUUAUUGUCUUUAAAUGUACAAGCUUCCCAGAAAUCUGAUAAUUUACAUGGAAGUAUACUACAAGAUGUAUAUUUAUCAUCAUAAAUUGGUAACACCGUGCUCAUAGCCUGUCACCAAUUGUAUUGUAUGUAUCCAGAGCUAAUUUCUUUUUUGAGCCUACAGGACUUAAAUGUUGACAUUAAGUACUGUGACAGUCAUAUAUCUUUUAAUCGACAGUUUUGCUCCAUUACUUAUAGUUGCCAUUGUCCCUUUAUUCGCUAUUUUUGGAUACAUUUUUGACUCGUUGACAAGCAUGUUGAACAGUCAUAGUGCUGAUCUUGUUUGAUUACAAUAUUUUCAACUAUUUUCUGGUAUUCAUUUAAGAGCAGCGCUAAAUAGUUAUUCUCAGGAGAGUGGAGAAGACUUUUUGCAAUAAAUACAUAUGAUUCUCACCUAUAUGUUUUAGACAAUAGCCUGUAUAUACAUUAUUAUAUAUAUCAUGUACACAUUUGCUAUUUCCUUAUACAUUUUGAACUGUCAAUAUUCAGCAGGAGAUCAUCAUUGUAAAAGAUACUAGGCCUAAUUAACUCUUUAAUAUAACACAGGUAAACAAUUAACUACAUAUGAAUGGUAAAUAGAUUUCUUCAAAGAAUCUGUUAAUACAACACAAUGGAAUCAUUUUGAUACAAAAUCAACAACGGGGAUUUUAAAAGGGAAAUGUGAAAACGACACGCAAUGGAACUAAACGACAUUCAUUUGGAAUUGUAUUAUGUAUACAGAUGGAUAAGAUAAAUAGAUUAAAAUCAUAUGUUAGGAAGUAUUCAUCGCUGAAUUUCAUACAAGGGAAAUCAAAAUACCAAUACCAAUCAGUGGAAACGUAUAUUGUUUCCUGGUCAAACUAAAAUUGAUAGGUAAGUUCACAUCAAUAUAAUACCAUUUCCCUAGAUAGGGCGUUUGUAAAAUAAGACGAGGUAAUACCAGUGAGUUUUGAUAAAAUCCUCCUUGGCUGUGUGAUGCUGACAAAACAAUGUUUCUAAUGUAGCCGGUGUAACGUUGUAAACUGACCCCCCGGUCAUUAUUUUAUAUAGAAUAAUUUUAUCUAUAAAAUAUUGACCCCCACCUAACCUAUUACUAACAUACUCUUUAUCAAUUCAAGUCACUGUCGUAUUUCUAUUGCUUAUAUUUUUUGUUGUUGUUGUUGUUUCUGCUGCUGCUGCUGCGUCUACAGCUGACACAACAGCAGUAUAUGUUAGAGGCCCCGCUAAGAAAUAAACGUACAUCUAUUGAAAAAUGAAA